AUGGUGUCUACAUCUACUCACCAAUGUCUUAUCCCUGUACUAGGUGGCCUUUGCUUACAGCUCUGGGCCAAGGUCUUGGGGGCUGAUGACGAUCACGUGGGUGGCGGCUGCUCUCAGCAGCUGGUGACGGCUAAGGUUCUCCGUUUCCUCCUGCUCGUCCUGAUUCCAUGUAUCUGCACUCUCAUUGUCCUGCUGGUGAUCCUGCUUUCCUCUGGUGGAGUAUUACCAAAAGCCUAUUUGAAAUCAAGUGGGAAUGAACCUAUGGCCACUGAUGGUGACGUUCAAGUGCCUGAUGUUAUUCUGGCAAAUGCCGUUUACCAGGAGAGCGCUGUGACAUCUCCUACCCCUCCCAACCAGCACGUUCCAGCCUGGACCACCGAUGCUUCUCUCCCACAGGACCGAGGCCACAGGAACACAAGUGCCUGCGUGAACAUCACCCACAGCCACUGUCAGAUGUUGCCCUACCACACCACGCCAGCCUCUCCCGCCCCCAUUGUGAAAGACAUGGAUGUGGAGAAGUUCCUCAAGUUCUUCAUGUACCUCCAUCGCUUCGGCUGCUAUCAGUAUAUCAUGCUUUUUGGCUGUAGCCUUGCCUUCCCCGAGUGCAUCAGUGAUGGUGAUGACAGUCCCGGACUCCUGCCCUGUCUGUCCUUCUGUGAGGCUGCAAAAGAGGGCUGUGAACCAGUCCUGGAGAUGGUGAAUGCCUCCUGGCCCUAUUUCCUCCAGUGCUCCCAGUUUAGCGACCAAAUGGAAAGCAGCAACGUCAGCAGGAUUUGCUUCUCACCGGAGCAAGAAAAAGGAAAGCAAUUGAUCUGUAGAGGGGGCUUUCUGUGUGGCAGCGGACUCUGCAUCCCCAGGAAACUGCAGUGUAACGGCUACAACGACUGCGACGACUGGAGCGAUGAGGCUCACUGCAGUUGCAGGGAGAAUCAGUUUCAGUGUCACACAGGCAAGUGUCUUAAUUACAGCCUUGUGUGUGACGGAUAUGAUGACUGUGGGGACCUGAGUGAUGAACAAAACUGUGACUGCAGUCCCACGAAGCAGCAUCGGUGUGGAGAUGGGCGCUGCAUCGCGAUGGAGUGGGUGUGCGACGGUGACCACGACUGUGUGGACAAGUCUGACGAGGCCAACUGCUCCUGCGGCAGCCUGGGCCUGCUGGAAUGCAGGAGCGGCCAGUGCGUCCCCAGCACCUUCCUGUGCGACGGAGAGGAAGACUGCAAGGACGGGAGCGACGAGAAGAACUGCACUCACGGUCAGACUCCAUGUCAAGAAGGCGGCCAAACAUGCCUCUACAAUUCCUGCCUUGAUUCAUGUGCUGGUAGCUCUCGUUGUGACCCCAACAACAGUCUGAAUAACUGUAGUCAAUGUGAACCGAUUACGUUGGAACUCUGCAUGAAUUUGCCCUACAACCAUACAAAUUAUCCAAAUUACCUUGGCCACAGGACUCAGAAGGAAGCAUCCUUCAGCUGGGAGUCCUCUCUUUUCCCUGCCCUUGUUCAAACCAACUGUUACAAAUAUCUCAUGUUCUUUGCCUGCACCAUCUUGGUACCGAAGUGUGAUGUGAAUACAAACCAGCGUAUCCCCCCUUGCAGAGCACUGUGUAAACACUCCAAAGAACGCUGUGAAUCUGUUCUUGAUAUCGUGGGCCUACACUGGCCUGAAGACACAGAUUGCAACCGGUUUCCAGAGGAAAAUUCAGACAAUCAAACCUGCCUAAUGCCUGAUGAAGACGUGGAAGAAUGCUCACCUAGUCACUUCAAGUGUGGCUCAGGACGGUGUGUUAUGGCCUCCAGAAGAUGUGAUGGCAAGUCCGACUGUGACGAUGACAGUGAUGAAGAAAACUGUGGCUGUAAAGAGAGAGGCCUGUGGGAAUGUCCAUCCAAUAAACAGUGUUUGAAGAACACACUCAUCUGUGAUGGGUUCCCAGACUGCCCUGAUGAGAUGGACGAAAGAAACUGCUCAUUUUGUCAAGAAGAUGAGCUAAAGUGUGCAAACUACGAGUGUGUGCCACGCGCCCGCUGGUGUGACGGGAAAGCCGACUGCGGGGACAGCUCAGACGAAUGGGGCUGUGUGACCCUCUCUAAAAAGGAGAACUCUUCAUUGCUGACUGCCCACCGAUCUGCCACGGAACACCACGUGUGUGCGGACGGCUGGCAGGAGAGCUUGAGCCGGCUGGCCUGCAAGCAGAUGGGUUUCGGAGAACCGUCGGUGACUGAAUUAAUACCAGAACAGGAGCAAGACCAGCAGUGGCUGACCUUACGCCCCGACUGGCAGAGCCUCAAUGGGACCACUUUGCACCAACUGCUAGAAAAAGGAUCUAAGCAGUCUUGUCGCAGCAGAAGUAAGAUUUCUCUUCUGUGUACUAAACAAGACUGUGGGCGCCGCCCUGCUGCCCGAAUGAACAAGAGAAUCCUCGGGGGUCGGACGAGUCGCCCUGGAAGGUGGCCCUGGCAGUGCUCCCUGCAGAGUGAGCCCAGUAAGCACAUCUGCGGCUGCGUCCUCAUUGCCAAGAAGUGGGUUCUCACAGUCGCCCACUGCUUCAAGGGCGCCGGCCACCUGGGCCGGCCGUCGGCCUUCGCGCAGACGCGCCCGGUGAAGACCGUGGUCCUGCACCCGCGCUACCGCCGGGCCGUCAUGGACUACGACAUCGCCGUGGUGGAGCUGAGCCGCGCCGUCGCCGAGACCAGCUACGUGCGGCCCGCCUGCCUGCCCCGCCCGGAGCAGGCCCUGGAGCCCGACACGUACUGCUCUGUCACAGGCUGGGGGCACACGGGCGACCGAAUGCCUUUCAAGCUGCAGGAGGGAGAGGUCCGGGUGAUUCCUCUGGAGCAGUGUCAGUCCUACUUUGACACGAAGGCCAUCACCACCCGGAUGAUAUGUGCUGGCUAUGAGUCCGGCACCGUUGACACAUGUAUGGGUGACAGCGGAGGACCUCUUGUUUGUGAGCAGCCCGGGGGACAGUGGACAUUAUUUGGUUUAACUUCAUGGGGCCCCGUCUGCUUUUCCACAGUCGUGGGGCCUGGAGUUUAUAGCAAUGUGUCGUACUUUGUCGAAUGGAUUGAGAGGCAAAUAUACAUUCACACCUUCCUCCUAAACUGAUUCCAAAGAUGGCCAGAGACUGCCAGCGACACUCAAAGAAAGUGGCCUUCUUGACUGUGGGGCGCUUCCCGCGGAGAGCUGUACAGAGAAGCACUUGCCGGGGCAGGGACGCUCCACAGCGCCCCGCGCGUGCUCAUGUUUGUUUUGGUCUAAUGUUAUUCAGCUAUAUAUUUUUUUCCAGCUUUAUUUUUCUCUUAUUUCAAGUUCAAUGAAAGUCUUUUAAAAAAAGAAGCCAAGCAGGUUUGGUGUUUUGUCAGCCUAUCCUUGACUACUGGCGCAAAAUCGUAGACUGGAGAGGUGGGGUGUGCAGGCGCUAGGCUAACAGUUACAAAGCUCCCUCUUAGCCAGUCACAAAAGGACACAGAUCCAGGCUGGCUCAUCUCUGCCAGCUUUUGUUUCUCAAGUACAAUAGUAGCGGCAGCUUUCAAUAUUAACAUCAGUGACCUGCUUUUGAUUUUUUAAAAGCCAAGAUCAUUUACAUGCUUAAAUUAUGUACUAUUACUCUUCUAAAGUUUGCAAAAUUUUGAGCACUUACGAAAGACAGUCAGAGGUGAAAGACAAGUGGCAUCCCUGUAGGUAGCUGCAGUAGCAGGACAUACUGACUGCAAAGCUCUGUAGACGUCACUAUUAGCCCUGACGUCAGAGGACUGCCCAUUCUGAAUGUAAGCCAAGGUUGUAAUGUGGUAGAAAAGUCUCCAUAGAACCUUCCCUAUAGCUGGCGUUUGUUCAGUGUAUAUCAGUUGGCCGACUAAGAUGUCAACGUAUUUUUAUUUUGCUUUUUUAUUAAUUAUAUUUUAAUUAUAUUUUAAUUUUGUUUCACUUAUGUGACAAUGCAUCUGAGAUUAUACUUUACCAAAGGAGAACUUACUUGAGACUGGAGAGAUGCAACAGAAAAAGAUUAAAUUGCGCCCUACCCCCAAUUAAAUAUUUUCCAGUUUGUCCCUACCAAUAAAGUACAGAAAUGUAUCUCAAAGCACAGGAAAACUCUGCAUAACAUUUUGUAAUUUUCCUUGAAAGAUGUUUAAUAUCUGGUGUUGCCGUUUCUUCCCAUCGACAAUUGAAACAAAAGUUUAAAGAUGCUUUUAAGCACUAGGCCACUUUAUCCACAUGGACUUCUGAAGUGAUUAGUGGUUUUUUUCCACACUAAAAAGCUUCAAAACACAAAUCAUCACCUGUACCUAAUUUGAUUUAGUCAGGCACCAUUUCUGCACCAUCCGAAUGCCUUUAGAACAAGUAGGAUUCCCUACUAACCGCCACCAGCAACCUGGACUGCCUCAGCAUUCCACGUAGGGACACCUGCACCUUUAGACAUGUAUUUUUGUACUCUUUUCUAUGUGUACACAUAUUUGAAAUUCAGAGAGUUGUCUAGACCUUUUCCAUGUUAGUGAUCUCUUUUUCUGCAGUUUGUAUGCACCUAUUGAGAAUGUGAAAUCCAGCGAUUGAAUUUUGGUCACAAUUUUAUGAAAGUUUAAGAACAUGUCAGUUUUUUACAGUUGUAGAUAUAUACUUAAUGUAACAACUUUUAGCUUUGCUCUUCUUAUGUUCAGUGAAAUGUACAUAAUGUACUUAUUUUAAGUAACCAUUAAUACAAAUAAAAUGGUAUAAUCUUUU